AGAAAAUCUUCUUUGGAUGGAUAUGGCAGUACCAAUAAAUAACGAAGAGCAAAAAGACAAGAUCAUUGAAAGGGACGUAAUUCAUCUAGACAACUCGAAUAUAGGGAAUGGUCAGUUUACAAAUGAGGAGAAUUCAACAACAUCAGCCACACGCAAAGGUGACACAGAGAAAACUUUUAUUAAACAGCAAAUACUGAAAACCAACUUUGCAACAGCUGUUACAAUACUUAGCUGUGUUAUGGCUUGUAUCAAAACAUUUCAAAACGAAUUCAUGGACGCAUCACAAAAAUAUGCGAAAAGUCAUUUGGCGUGUUAUAAAAUGAGGACUAAACAAAUGAAGCCUAGCAUGGCAAAAGAGGUUAUUUUUAUUUCAAAAAGUAAAGCAUGGUUGCAAAGAUUUGUGAGAACAUUACAUUUCUACCCAAAAUCGUUUUUGAAUACGUAUUUGUUGGAAUCUGAGGAAUAUCAUAAAUUUGUGGAUCAACAGAAAAAUUCGGGUAAUAAAAAGGAAGCUAUGCAAUUUGAGUGGUGUAGAUUAUCAAGUUUCGCAUCGUACCCACAGACAUGUCAUUCAGUAAUACGACUCGCAGGCGCUGGCUUUUACUAUGACGGAAACGGAGACGAAGUUAUCUGCUAUUUUUGUGGCUUAACACAUAAAAAUUGGAAACCAAUAGAUGAUCCAAAACUAAUUCACAAGCAAAAGGCACCUAAAUGUCCGUUUGUUAUGAAGAAUAUAAGUGAAAUUUCAAAGCAAGAUGAUGUGCCGACUUAUUCUACAUAUGGUGGACAUACAUCAUCGGGAGGCGCAUGUGGAAACGCUGCAGAUUCUGCAAAUUUAUCAGUGAUCAGUGAGAAACAAUAUGAGUUUGUAAAAGAACAACAUAGAAAUGAAUCAAGAGCUCAUAAUGAAAAUACUUUCACAGUUGUAACGAAUCGUGAAAAUUCUGUUGCGGUUGACAGAAAUCGUGAAAAUACCGAAUCGUCAAUGCCGCGGGAAAGAGCAGAAUACUUUUCUUCACAGAUAAAGACGAACCAAACGCAAACCGUUCACUCUAGAAACAACACAACUGGUCUCAUUCACAUACCAGCGACAAAUGUUGCUCAACAACUAACUUCAACACAUGCAAUUGAAAAUACUGCGGGAUCUUCGGCUUCAAAAACGGCACCAAUAAGCAUCGGCAUUUGUCUUGAAAAACCUAAAUAUCCUAAAUUUGCUAUAAAAACAACUCGCUUGUCAUCAUUUGAUAACUGGCCUUCAUACUUGACUCAAACGCCAGAAGAACUGAUCAAUGCAGGUUUCUUUUACACCGGUAUCGAGGAUCAUUGCAGAUGCUUUUUCUGCGGAGGGGGUCUGAGAAGAUGGGAGGAAGGAGAUUUGCCUUGGACAGAACAUGCUCGAUGGUAUCCAAGGUGUCCAUUUAUUAUACAGUGCAAGGGAGAGAAGUUUAUUGAGGCUGUUCAACAAGGGGGAAAUCCAGAGAUAACAAAAAAUGUGGCUGAAAAAGAACACAAGCAUUCACCUAGUGGGUUAAAUGGAUACGCAAAUAAUCCAGCAGUACAAACCAUUCUUGACUUUGGGUACGAAUGUGCAGUUGUAAAGACAGCCUAUGCAAGAUUAAAAGAAUCCGGAAUACAUGAUGUUACGGCAUCACUAUUAUUAGACACCAUUUGUGAAAGAGAAGACAGUGACAAUCAACAUGGCUCCUCUGAGCAGACUAUUUCUAGCCAUAGCACAACACAAGAAAAAGAUGAAGACGAUACAGAACAUUUCAUAAAAAAACCAGACUACAUUGAGAAAAUUGAUCCAACACUUGAAUUAUCCAUCAGGAGUCUUGAAGAAGAGAACAGGAAUUUAAAAGAUCAACAAACCUGUAAGAUUUGUCUAGACGAACCGGUGGCCAUCGUUUUUCUCCCAUGUGGUCACAUGGCUGCAUGUAUUAACUGCGCUCCAGCUUUGAGAAGAUGUCCAAUCUGUAGAGCUUUUAUUAAAGGCACUGUAAAAGCUAUAAUGUGCUGAAAUAUUUCCAGAACGAUUAAACGCUUUAGAAACAAUUUUAGUU